UUCCAUCUCAUUAAAAUGGAUCCAAACUGCCCCGGAAAAUUUAGGAACCCUCUUCAUACCAACAGCAAUGGGAUUUUCUGGAUUUUCAAGCAUGAGGGCAUGUCUUGGAUGGCCAAAGUUUGGCUGCAUCUGGUGACGGAGCAACCAGCUAUGCUUCAAGGUGGAGAGUUAAGACCGUAUCAGUUAGAGGGCCUUCAAUGGAUGCUGUCUUUGUUCAAUAACAACUUAAAUGGAAUUUUAGCAGAUGAAAUGGGGUUGGGUAAGACAAUUCAGGCAAUAUCUCUGAUUGCUUAUCUCAUCGAAAACAAAGGUGUUACCGGGCCCCACUUGAUUGUGGCCCCAAAGGCUGUCCUUCCAAAUUGGAUCAAUGAAUUUUCAACUUGGGCUCCUAGUGUUGCUGCUGUUCUUUAUGAUGGGCGACUGGAGGACAGAAAGGCAAUGAGAGAAGAGUAUUCAGGAGAAGGGAAGUUCAAUGUUUUGAUCACCCAUUAUGAUCUUAUUAUUAGAGAUAAAGCAUUCUUGAAGAAAAUUCACUGGUACUACCUGAUUGUUGACGAAGGACAUCGACUUAAAAAUUCCGACUCUGUUCUUGCACGCACUCUUGUCUCUGGCUAUCGAAUUCGGCGGAGACUUCUGCUGACUGGUACUCCCAUACAAAAUAGCUUGCAGGAAUUAUGGUCUUUGCUUAAUUUUCUCCUUCCAACUAUAUUUAAUUCAGUUGAAAAUUUUGAGGAGUGGUUUAAUGCGCCCUUUGCGGACAAAUGUGACGUCAGUUUGACAGAUGAAGAACAAUUAUUAGUCAUUCGGCGAUUGCACCAUGUCAUAAGGCCGUUCAUAUUGAGGAGGAAGAAAGAUGAGGUGGAGAAGUUCCUUCCUACUAAAUGUCAAGUCAUACUUAAAUGUGACAUGUCUGCCUGGCAGAGAGUAUAUUAUCAGCAAGUAACAGAUGUGGGCAGGGUUGGGUUGGCUGGUGGAACUGGAAAGUCCAAAAGCCUACAAAACCUGACAAUGCAGCUCAGGAAAUGUUGUAACCACCCAUACUUAUUUCUAGGCGAUUAUAAUAUGCUGCGCAGAGAGGAGAUUUUCAGAUCAUCAGGAAAGUUUGAGCUUCUUGAUCGCUUACUCCCCAAGCUUCAUAAAGCUGGGCAUAGAGUCCUCCUUUUCUCUCAGAUGACACGGCUUAUGACCAUUCUUGGGUAUUAUCUGGAAUUACAUGGUUACAAGUUUCUUAGACUAGAUGGCUCAACUAAAACAGAAGACAGGGGCGAAUUGCUAAAAAAAUUUAAUGCUCCAGACUCUCCUUAUUUCAUAUUUCUUCUAAGCACUCGUGCUGGAGGACUUGGUCUGAAUUUGCAGUCUGCAGAUACUGUGAUAAUUUUUGACAGUGACUGGAACCCUCAGAUGGACCAACAAGCUGAGGAUAGAGCACAUCGCAUUGGGCAGAAGAAGGAGGUGAGAGUUUUUGUUCUUGUCAGUGUUGGAUCAAUUGAAGAGGUUAUCUUAGAACGAGCCAAGCAGAAAAUGGGCAUUGAUGCCAAGGUCAUCCAGGCAGGAUUGUUCAAUACAACUUCCACAGCUCAAGACAGGAGAGAGAUGUUGGAAGAGAUUAUGCACAAAGGUACAAGCUCACUCGGAACGGAUGUACCAAGUGAGAGAGAAAUAAAUCGUCUUGCUGCACGAUCAGAUGAGGAGUUUUGGUUGUUCGAGAAAAUGGAUGAAGAAAGAAGGCAGAAGGAGAAUUACAGAUCUCGUCUCAUGGAAGAACACGAGGUACCAGAUUGGGUAUAUACUGUGCCUGAUAUGAAAGAGAGCAGGGGGAAAGGAUUUGACAAUUUCACCGUUCUUGGAAAGAGACGCAGGAAAGAGGUGAUCCGAGAUGAUACACUUACUGACUUGCAAUGGAUGAGGGCUGUGGAAAACGGAGAAGACUUAUCUAAACCUCCUGUAAAAAGGAGAGAGAAUCCUAUGGUCUUGAACGAUGAAUUUCCUGGUAAUACCGGAACUAGUAACUCCAUAAGUGAGAAAGAAGCUGCAGAGUUGAAGAGUGAAACUGGUUCUCUCGUAAGCGAGGCAAAGAGUGAAGAUACAAUUGGCUGGACAUCUCAAAGGUACAAGGAGUAUGAAGCUGAAAGUUCUCAAAGAAAUGGCUGUGAAAGUUUGGAAGGAGGGUUGAAUGAAUUGACAUGGAGAGCAUAUAGGAGGAGGAGAUCAAGCUUGAUGUGAUUCAUAGAGGAAAAAGCGAAAGCAAUGAAGCUGUAACAACUUUCUUUAGUAAAUGUGUAACCAAUUUGCAAAUGCUGCUCUUGACUUUAUUAUUGUUUGUGUAAGAUAUGGGUUAAAUGGAUUGAUUUAUCGACUCUCCUUCUGAGUUUCCUUUUAUUUUA